AUGGUGAAACAUAAAAUGGAUUCAGACUUACUUCAAGAAGUUCGAUUAUACGAGAAUAGUGUUGAACGUGAACGAGUCGAUAAUAUGAGCGAGCUUUAUGCUGUAUUAAUUGCGUUGGAAUGCUUAGAAAAAGUUUUUAGUCGUGAUUGUAUUUCACCGAGAGAAUACACCGCCGAAUGUUCAAAAUUGCUCGUACAAUAUAAGGUAGCAAUGCGAUUAGUAAAAUGCGAUCAGAUCGAGGAAUUUAUUCGAAAAUAUCGAAUUGAUUGUCCAGCAGCACUUGAACGAAUCAAAGAAGAUCGACCAAUAACCGUAAAAGAUGAUAAAGGCAAUACAUUAAAAUGUAUUGCGGAAAUUGUAGAAAUGUUUAUAACAUUCCUUGAUCAGUUGAAAUUAAAUGUGAGAGCUGUUGAUGAACUUUUUCCAACGCUUAAUGAAUUGAAUGUAUCAAUUUGUUCAAUGAGUUCACUUCCAGAUAAUUUUGAUUCAAAGAUGAAAGUUAAAAUAUGGCAUGAUCGGCUUAAAGGUAUGAGUGCAAGCGAAGAAAUUAGCGAUGAAGAUGCUCGGCAAAUGAUAUUUGAUCUUGAAACUGCUUAUAAUUCUUUUACCAGAUUCCUGCAUAAUUCUUAG